GCACACUAAGUCCUAAAACCUUUCCAAAAUUUCUCCUUUUUUCCGGUUUGAAAUUUAGUUUGAGAACAUAUAAGAAUAUGGCUGUUCUCACAUAUAACGAUGAGUUUUCCUGCCCCGUAGCCCCUCAUAGGUUGUUCCAUGGAUUAUUCAUGGAUGCUCACAAUCUGAUGCCUAAGAUCAUGCCGGUAGUCAAGAGUGUCGACUUUGUCUCAGGAGAUGGUGGGCCAGGAAGCAUUCAACAAGUUAACUUCGUCGAUGGGUAUCAAAUGAAAUAUUUGAAGAACAAAUUGGAAUUCAAGGACAAAGAGAAUUGUGCUAUAAACUAUACUGCCAUUGAAUCCGAUUCCUUUGGUGAUAUGAUCGAUUACAUUAGCAGCGAGGUUAAGUUCGAUGCUGCCCCUGGUGGUGGUUCAAAGUGUACCAUAAAAACAACUGUUUGCCCAAAAGGAGAUGUUGUUCCUGAUGAAGAAACACUCAAGGCAGGAAAAGAAGGACAUAUGCAGCAAUACAAAGCUGUUAUAGCUCAUCUCAUUGAGAACCCUCACCUUUAUGCUUAAUUUGUCACCGGUGUGCAUAUACACCCCCAUCUACUAGUUUAUUGUGUGUAUUAGUGGUGUGGUUUAUCCUAAAUAAGAUGGGAAAAUGUGUGUCAAAAACAAUGUGGUUCACUCCAAUCCUUUUGAGUUGCAUAAUAUGCCGGGAAGGAUCCCAGAAAUCAAAAUGUAACCCCAACAAUUUGUAAAAUCUUGAUUUUCUAUGUUGUAAUCGUAACGCUUAUGAGUUAUGAUAUGUUUUUUCAGUU